AUGGACCUCAGCAGCACACAAAUCUCGAGUGACCUCAGCAGCCUGGCAAACAAUCCCCAGCUGCAGUGGCUGGACCGCAGCAGCACACAGAUCUCGGGUGACACACUGGUGGGCACUGGAAGCUUUCAAGCAGCAGAAGGUUAUUCAAGAAGGUCAAUUACGUUUCGCCGUUUUUCCUGUCCAACACGGUCGCUUCUGAACGAAGACUGCGCAACGGCCCUUUUUGCCCAGGUUGAGUCGCAUCGCCUUGGCAUUGCCUUUCCUGCUGAGCGCCUUCUUAGCCCGAAGGCCGGACAGAACGGAACGCCUCUCUCGACACGACUCUGGGAACAGCUCAAGAGGCAGAUUCCAAAGCUGGAAGAUGCUUUCUUUGGUCUGAGUACGGUGGACAUACCAGCAGGGCGUGUGGCGAGGAGACCUUUACCUUCAUAA